AUGGAUAUAUGGAUCAAUUACACAGUUGGAUGGUGGAUGGAUAGUUGGAUGUCUGGUGGUGGUGGUGCCGGGCUGGUCAAUCAACCCCGUGGAGCGCCAACUGCAACGGCAACACCCAUCUGCAAGGCCGCGGGGCGGGGCGAGCAAGAGGGGCAACGACAGGGCCUGCGGACGUGCAGCAGCAGCCUUGGGAACGCAGGGAGGGAGAACGGGCGGGACGCAUUGGGGGGCACCGCACCGCGAGGGAGGGAGGAUGAUGGGUCGGCAUGGGAUGGGAUGGGAUGGGAUGGGCGGGGAGGGAGGAGAGCAGAGCAGAGAAGAGAAGAGCUGAGCGGCGGUUUCCCCUCCGCGGCGAAUCUGUACCGGGCCCGAUGCCUCGAAUUAACCUACGCGAUUUGA